CCAUCCUUUGGCAGAUGCCCCAGUGCUGGCAGUCUGGCUUAAUGUGUUCGCUUUUGGGUGGAUAAUGCUGCAUGUGCUCCUCUUGGUCUUUGUGCUCUUGCUCAUCUAGAUGAGUCCUUAACAUGCAGGCAGAACAUUAUUUAUAUUUGUUGGUAGAAUGAAUUAAUUGAACCAUCAUUUGUCAGAGGGUAUUAUAUAAUCUAGUAAUAUAACUGAAUAUAGUUUAUUUGUUGGUAAACACUAUAGGUCUUUCAAACCUUUAUGUUACAGCAAAUAAUAAUGGCAAGAUUUUUUUCGUGUUUUAGGACAUAGGGCUAAUCUCGGCUUCCUUUAACAUACCUUUUUGUAAGAAUGAAGGUGGCAGAAGUAAGAAGAAGGGCAUUAUGUGACGAUGGAUCUGUUGCCCCCAGGUCAUGCCACUGGGAAGCUUGUGCUGUGCUGUGCCCUGGCGCUAGCUGAAAGGGUUAGAUGGUGGCUAUUCGUUCCUUUCCGCUGAGAUUCUGUUGGGAGGCAGGGGUACACUAGGAGUGUGCAUCGGUUGUGCCAGCCAGUAAUUAAUGUACUCUUCAGUGGCUCUCCCAAGUUUGCAAAGAUGGUGAGAAAUAAUGUCUGUCUUGCGUAUUAGGAGAGAAGUGUUACACAGUGGUCAAGUGGGAACAAAAUGUGCAUGUGGCCUUGAUCUGCCGUAUCAGUAGCCUCAUUCUAAAUGCUGGGAGAGAGCAAUCAGGUUACACGGCAGCCCUCUGUUUCUGGGGGCUUGGUAAGAGUUCAGAUUGCUGUCCUUUCCUUCUCUCCUUUGUGGUACAGAUACGACUCAUUGAGAUGGUGGUGUUAGACCAGGGGAUAACAGAAAUCUUUGACUUCAUGAGCUCCUCACUCAUUUUAGCAGAGCAAGAAUGCCUCUCAGGAUGCACCUAGAGUUUCAGAGAAGGCUCUGAGGAGAAGAAAUAAAAGUCACAAGAAGCAAGAGCAGGGCAUGCUGUAAGAGACAAAGACAAACGGUAUUUAGGGCACAGUUGUUAAUGGGAAAAUUAAUGUGCAAGUACAAAACCAGAAGAGCAGUCUAAUCUCUGAGGAAAUGGCAGGAUUCCUAGACAACUUCAGGUGGCCAGAAUGUGAGUGUAUUGACUGGAGUGAAAGAAGAAAUGCCAUCGCUUCAAUCGUUGCAGGUGUAUUGUUUUUCACAGGUUGGUGGAUAAUGAUAGAUGCUGCAGUAGUUUACCCUAAGCCAGAACAAAUGAACCAUGCGUUCCAUACCUGUGGGGUGUUUUCAACACUAGCUUUUUUCAUGAUAAAUGCUGUAUCAAAUGCACAGGUGAGAGGAGACAGCUACAGUGACGGAUGUUUAGGAAGAACAGGUGCUCGUAUCUGGCUCUUCAUUGGCUUUAUGUUGAUGUUCGGUUCACUUAUUGCUUCAAUGUGGAUUCUUUUUGGAGCGUACGUUACACAGAACACUAAUGUUUACCCUGGAUUAGCAGUGUUUUUCCAAAAUGCAUUGAUAUUUUUCAGUACUCUGAUCUACAAGUUUGGAAGAACAGAAGAGUUAUGGGGAUGAGAGAUCACGUAUAGUGUUGUCUAUUCCAUAGUUGCUAUGUCGUACUAUGUAUGUAGAAAUAUUUACAUUUAUUUGUUCUUGUUUUGCUUUCUAAACUGUAUGAACUGAGAAAUUACAGGUUCUGUAAUAAGCUCCCUCUUUUCACAGGAUGGAUUUGUGAAUAUGUACAUACAACUGUAUAUAUCUUAAAAAGGGAAUGUCGGGCUUUCUUUCUGAAAUCUUCAGGUAUAUCUUCUAACAUGUGGGUUUCUGUCAGCUCCCAGGACCUGAUCUUCCAAACCUUCCCAUGUGUCAGAGACUUCAGUGGAACUGUUAGUGAACAAGCAGGAUAAAGCCCGUGCCCUGUAAAAGGGGUUAUUAAUUUUAUGCUUAGGUGAGCUAGAGCCAGUAUUGCAAGGGCUGGCAGCAAGGGCUGCCUGUGGAACCUGAAGGAGUAGUCAGCGCGUGGAAGUGACGCAGCUAAACCUGUAUUUAAUGAGGGCAGAUUCUGUUGUGUGCCGAGGUAAGAGCUGCUUUUAAGAAUUUUGUAUAACUGUUCAGAAAAAUACAAAGUAGCUAUUUUUUGUAAAAGGUUAUGAAUUUUUAACAAGGCCCUAUAUUAAGCAGGUUCUGCAUGGCAAAUCAAACCGUUCUUGACUUCUCAUUGCUAGCACAAAUUACAUUUGGCAGCACCACAGUUCUUAGAAUUAAUUUCAUGCUGUUGAGCGUAAUAGGUACCAAUUAGUAUUUAAUGUAUUUACUGAUACUAGACUAAAAAACCCAACAAACUGAUGCCAGUCAUACUUAAGGAAUAUAAAGAAUAAAUGAGUCAGACUACUAUCUUUAAAAUUAUGCUAGCAUAAUUUUCUUCAGGGGAAGCUUUUUGCGGACAAAUGAGCAGUUAUCCUGCUACCUAUUAUCUUUUCUAUUUAAAAGGCGAGCAUUUCAAGUGGGGAUAUAGUAGAUGUAUUUAUUGCUCACAAACUUACCUUGAAAUAAUUGCCAGUUUUAGGACUGCCAUUUGCCCCAGUUAAAAAUGUAUUUAUCUCCUAAAUUUCAUGGGCACUUUAUGGGAAUGCUUCCAUUAUUGAAAUCCAGUUUCUUCUAGCUGGAGUAUACAGAAAGGAAGAAUAGCGAUGUUUUAUAGCUUUGGACUGAUCUUGUAUAUUCAUCUUGCUGUUGAUUUAGGAGUUCUAUGUGGUUUUUAAAGCAUUUGAAUCUACUUUGUGUUUAAAAGCUUUUAUAACUUUCCAUGUAUCAAGAUUGCUGACCAAAUAGUAUUAAACUGCAGAAUGUAACUUCUGUGCAUGAUUACCAUAUACUGUUAGUCAUCUAAUUGCUCCCUUGUGGGAAUCUCUCCAGUGGACAGAAUAUGAAGCAAAUACUGCAGCUGAAAUUGUGCUACUGGCUAGACUAACUUUAUCCUGAUUUUGCCAUCCUGCAGUGAGUUACAAUAUAUUCACUGGUGUUGAUCAUAGCUUUGUACAUAAGUUGUCUUGGCUGUAAUUUCAGAAAACUGCAAUAAACUUUUAUGUUCUCAAAAUAAUGAAUUUCACAAGGUAAUUGUACAGCAGUACUCUCUGUAAUAGGCCGGUAGUACUGACUUUCAGCAAGCCUUACACCAGCUAUCAAGUAAAAGCAAGGUUUUUGUUUUCA